CAUGAGCCAUCAGCUCCUGUGGGGCAGGCUAUAGGACAGACGACAAAAGCAACUCACCGGAGGACCAGUGUACCAGGCACCAUGGGACAGUGUCGGUCAGCCAACGCUGAGGAUGCCCAAGAAUUCAGUGAUGUAGAGAGGGCCAUCGAGACUCUCAUCAAGAACUUCCAUCAGUACUCGGUAGAGGGUGGAAAGGAGACACUGACCCCUACUGAACUCCGAGACCUGGUUACCCAGCAGCUGCCUCACCUCAUGCCGAGCAACUGUGGGCUAGAAGAGAAAAUUGCCAACCUGGGCAACUGUAAUGACUCGAAACUGGAGUUUGGAAGCUUUUGGGAGCUGAUUGGAGAAGCAGCCAAGAGUGUGAAAAUGGAGAGCCCUGUUGCUCGGAGCUGA